AUGUCCGACGAAUUCACAACCCAACCUGCUCCUUCUUACCCUCCUCAGCAAGGCGGUGGUCUGAAUCCCGGUCUGGCUGGAUCGGGUGAGGCGGCGGCGUUCCAUGCCACGGGACCUCAAAUCCCAAACGAAGAGGUGUUGAGCACCCUUGACAAGCCACUGAGCCCAGAGGAGCUGAAGAAGAGGGAGGAAGAACUGAACAAGUAA